UCAGCUUCAUGUAAAAAAAAACCCAACCUGUUGUAUGUAGAGGAUCCAUGGCCUAGUUUGUGAGAGAACACCAGCACGAGGAGCAGAAGCCACAAAGAGCGAAGGUUUGGCAUCGGCCCACAACGCCAAAGAGCGUGUUCGUUCUUCCGCCUCUUUACACUUUCUGUAUCCUUGUGCUUUGGCUUUUGAUGAAGUAAGGACGAGGAAAGCCUUCAGUUACGACUGCACUGCUUUAAAAUAAGAUCCUACUUUUAAAAUGAAAACCAUUGUGUUGUUUGGGUUUGCGCUUGCUUCUCUUUCUGCUGCGAGCAAAGUGGUCCUCAUAAGUCCCGGGCAAAAGGUCACCUUGGAGUGUGGGGUCAAGACCUUCAAAACCCUGCAGUGGCAUCAGGGAAAUGACCUGAUACACAGUGUUUCAAUGUCCGGCUUCCCUCGCAAAGGGUUAACUGAAAUUAUCCAAAGGACAAAGGUGAGGAAUACAGACCUAGAGAUCGUUAAUGUGAAGGAAGAAGAUACCGGAACGUUCAUUUGCACAGCAGAUCGGAAACGUGAAGAACAAACACUUCUUGUGGUCUCAGUCUGGGACAACAGCCACUGUGGGGUAAAGGAUGGACGUUCACACUCUGGGUCACUCAAAUCUGUGGACCGCUCUGCAGGGAUCUGGGAGUGUACGUUCUCCCACGCCGGGGUGACGCACAAACACAACCUGAUCAGAGAAGUUCAAGAACCGGCUCCUGAAAGUCCACCAUCCCCUUCCCAAGGACCAAAGCCCGGCCCGACGCCAACCUGCCUCGACUGCGGUCCCUCGGCUGUCACUCCGCCUCCACCUCUUGUUCUGCUGGGCCUCAACUGGUGGAUUUGGGUCGCAGUUGGACUAGGCUGCCUGGUCGUGGUGUUCCUCCUGGUCAUCGUCAUUGUCCUGUGCAAGAGGUUCAAAAGAAAGAAGAGAAAAAUAACGAUGAAGAAUGGACGACAGCAACUGCAGCCGAAGAAGUACUGCCAGUGUAACUGCCCAGCAGCUGCAGCGAAACCGCGGCAAGGACGCCGGCGAGAGAAGCAACCAGCCGCCCGUCUGCAACCCCUGCUAAAGCUGUGACAUGAAAGGCCGAUGGAAAGAAAGGAGAGACAAACAUGAAGAAAGAGAAACAUGAAGAGCGAGAUUGAGAGGAAGGGACAGUGAGAAAUAGAUAGAGAGAGAGAGAGAGAGAGAGAGAGGGAGAGAGAGAGAGAGAGAGAGAGAGCCCUUGUGUGAAUGCAUCACGAAUGUAAGUUUGCUUUUUUAAUGCUCAAGAUGAAAAAUAAAAAUCAAAUGUAAUGAUGUGGGCGCUUUGAAGUUUUAAACAGUGAACUGAAUGCAAAUAUGCUCCUCCACUGCAAAGGAGAACAAUGUCAGCCUGUGCUUGUUUUUGUCAUUCAUGCCUCAUGUUAACUUGUAAAAAAGACAGGACGUCUUUGCGCUCUCCAUUGAAAAAUAAAUUGAGUUGAUUUUGAAA